AUGCCUCGUCCCAGAACCCUUCUUCUCCCCCUCCUCCUCGUCGUCUUCGCCGCGAGCCUGAGCGCCGCUGAAACGACCGUCGGCGAUGGAGGGCAGGCGGUUUACAUCGUGUACCUUGGGCACCUGCCUACGCCGCCGGACCUGUCAGGGUCCGAAGAUGGUGUCUCCGCUGCAGAUGAGUUUGCUCAUCACGACCUGCUGAACCAGGUCCUUGACGAGAGCAGCUCUGCUUCAGACAGGAUCCUCCGUAGUUACAGAAGAAGCUUAAAUGGCUUCGCAGCCAGGCUAACCGAACAAGAGGCCCAUGAACUCUCUAGCAUGGAUGGCGUCGUGUCAGUCUUCCCUAGUGAGACCUAUGAGCCGUUGACCACAAGAUCGUGGGACUUCCUGGGCUUCCCUCAAACGCCGAAGGAAGAGUUACCGUUGGAGGGAGAGAUCAUCGUCGGCAUGCUCGACACCGGCAUAUGGCCCGACUCACCGUCCUUCUCCGACGACGGCUUCGGCCCGCCGCCGAGCAGGUGGAAGGGUGUGUGCCAGAACUUCACGUGCAACAAUAAGAUCAUCGGAGCCCGCGCCUACAGAGGAGGAUCGAGCGACGGCCUGUCGCCGCUCGACGACGAGGGCCACGGCAGCCACACAGCCUCCACGGUGGCCGGGCGGUCGGUCGGCAACGUCAGCUUCGGCGGCCUCGCCGCCGGCGUGGCCCGCGGCGCCGUGCCGGGCGCCAGGCUCGCCGUCUACAAGGUGUGCUGGGACAGGGGCUGCGGCAGCGCCGACAUCCUCGCGGCGUUCGACGACGCCGUCGCCGACGGCGUCGACGUGAUCUCCUUCUCCAUCGGGAGCAGUGACCCCCGGGAGUACUUCCGGGACGCGCAGGCCAUCGGCUCGUUCCACGCCAUGCGGCGCGGCGUGCUCACGUCGGCGUCGGCCGGGAACUCCGGGAUGCUAGGCGGGCACGUCUGCAACGUCGCGCCGUGGAUGCUGUCCGUGGCGGCGAGCAGCAUCGAUCGCCGGUUCGUCGACAAGAUCGUUCUCGGCAACGGCGAGACAAUAGUGGGAGCCUCCAUCAACACCUUCCCAACGCUAACAAAUGCAACACUUGCAUUCCCCGCCGGCGGGUCCUGUGAUCCAGAUAACCUGUCCGGCGGUUCAUACAGAGGGAAGAUCGUCCUCUGCCCGCCGCAGAACAACGGCCGUCCGAACGACGGCUCCGGCCCGCUCUCGGCCGGUGCGGCGGGCGUCGUCAUCGUCACCCGUUCACCCGACGUCGCCUUCGUGCUGCCGCUCCCCGGUCUCACCGUAACUCAGGACGAGUUCGACCAGAUCAUGGCGUAUGUCAACAGCACCAGCAAUGCUGUGGCUACCAUUCACAGAACCGAGACGACGGCCAAUCCACCAGCUCCAGUGGCCGCCUCGUUCUCUUCUCCAGGGCCGAACCUGAUCUCCUCCGGGAUCUUGAAGCCUGAUAUAUCUGCACCGGGGAUCGACAUCAUAGCCUCAUGGUCGAUGCUGUCGUCACCGACGGGCAACCCUAACAGGAAGGUUCUGUACAACAUCAUCUCCGGCACGUCCAUGGCGUGCCCGCACGCGAGCGGCGCCGCCGCCUACGUCAAGUCCCACCACCGCGACUGGUCGCCGGCGAUGAUCAUGUCGGCUCUCAUCACCACCGCCACUCCGAUGAACACGGCGGGCACCUCCAACAGUACAGAGCUCAAGUACGGCGCCGGGCAGCUCAGCCCGGCAAAGGCGCGCGACCCCGGCCUCGUCUAUGACGCCUCGGAGAGCGACUACGUGGCCAUGCUGUGCUCGCAUGGGUACAACGCCACGCAGCUCGCGCUCGUCACCGGCUACGCCACGGCCUGCGCCGCCGGUGGCGCAGCAGCCGGCUCCAGCAGCGACCUCAACUACCCGACCAUGGCGAUCCGUGUCGCGCCCAGGAAGAACUUCACCGUGAGCUUCCCGCGGACCGUCACCAACGUCGGGGCCGCAGGCGACGCCUACGACGUGAAGGUCGUCAUUCCUAUUGAGGCGGCCAAAGUGUUCGCCGCCGUUGUUGUUUCGCCGGUCAAGCUGGAGUUCAGCGCGCUGAGCCAGAAGAUCUCGUUCACCGUGACGGUGUCCGGCGUAGCGCCGGCGGAGGGCCAGGCCCACUCGGCGGCCGUCGUGUGGUAUAACGACGACCACCAGGUGAGGAGCCCGUUGGUGGUGUACACAGUGUAG